GAAUUGCAACAUCAAGCCAAGCGACUGUCAUCGGAGAACACAGCUGGCCAGAGAAGAGAUUUCAUCAGACAGAUCUUCGUCUUGGGCGUGGAGUCUGCUAUUUCACAUCCACAAGAAAAAACUAACAGUACAAAAUAUCCAAACUGUAAAAUUAAUCUGCUUUAAGUUGGAAAGUUUUUUUGGGGGAAAACAUAACCCACAAGAACACCAUGUCGGAUUCGUACCGGAGAAAAACGGCUGCAUUGCGAUUGUGUUUUCAUCUUAUUGUCAUAAUUGAAGUGGGUGCCGAAACGCAUUACCACCCAACGCUGACUGUCUCAGUGCCACACAUGUCCUACAUAUGCCCGGAAGGCGCCAACGUCACCAUGCAGUGCGUGGCGGCAGGGACGACCAGGUACGCCGGGGACCAAGUCAGGUUCGGCUGGCUCUUCACCGCUCACCAGGACCAGCGAUGCCAAGACGACACCCGCCCCAGAAUUCCCCACUCCAAGAACCACUCGCACGCUCACGCCGAGGGGGUGCACUACCAGUCCACCAGAGGCGUUUCCUGGAUCACCCUGGUGAACGUGGCGCACGCCGACCAGGGCCGAUACUGCUGCGUGGCGCUGGACAUCCACAGGGAGGCGCACCGCGCCACUGUGGAGCAGAAACCCCACAACCACGUCCUGCUGACCGUCACACCCCGUCGACCUGGAAAUACAAACUGCACUGUGAUAGACCACAAGCCUCCUGAAGGGUCUGUGGCGGCAGGGCUGGCGACAGCAGGGUGCAUCAUGGGUAUUCUCUCAUUGCCGCUCAUCUUACUGCUAGUGUACAAGCAGAGACAGACUGCCCAGUCCAACAGACGUGCACACGAGCUGGUGAGAAUGGACAGUGAGGCACAAGGUCACGAGAACCCUGUGUUUUUGGGGGGGUCACCCCAGAAUAAGACGCGAACCGUGUCCCAGAUCAUGACCAGACAGUCGUCGGAGACAGGGCGCCACCUGCUGUCCGAGCCCAACACCCCCCUCUCUCCCCCUGUCCACGGAGACGUCUUUUUCCCAUCACAAGGCAAGGCACCGACGCGCUAAACGCUCUGACGCACUGCCAGUGUGAGACACACGCGUGCACCGACGUUUCCCACACAAAGGCUUUACCUGGGCGGGCCACGCGGGUUUUUUAACAGCCGCGCGCCUUCGACGAGGUGAACGUUUGCGAAUGCUCGCUAACGUAUUCAGACUUUUUUUCCGUUAGCUUAUCUUCGCCGCGAACUGUCGCUAAGGUUAGCUAAGGUUCUGACGUGGUUGAAGGACGGAAUUGCCUUUGACUCGGUCCGCAGAAUUUAAGAUGAAGCGUUUUAACGUUUACCACACUGAACUACCCAGCAUUCGUUUUGACACAAACCAGUCGCAACAACCAAUCAAAACAAAUAAAUAUGGCUAACAGUUGCUCUUAAACCUUUCUAACUGCAUUAACCAUGGAGAAAAUUACUACAGAUCAGUGCAUGCAGACCGUUUGUUUUUCAUUGUAGUGAAGCAUUGAAUAACUAAUAGACCGUGUUUUUGGUUUUUGGGUCAUCCCCUCCCCCAGGCAGACUACCACAAGUAUAUUUCAGAUCUGUGGGAAAACAACACAGGCACACACAGAAACAUGCAAAAACACACAUACACACACACACACACACACACACGUGUGAGCAUACACAAAUACUUAUUCAGUGACUGCUAGCUGUCCACAUUCAUCCUCUCUUGACUGUACAUUCCACAUUGGGAUAGCUGCUUUCUGUCUGAUCCCACAUUCCCAGUCUACAACUUCCUGUCUGUGUUGCACUCCAAGCAUGAAACGCUCAGCACCUUAGACACACACACACACACGCACGCACGCACACACACACAGGCACACACACACA